UUUAAAAAAAAAUAUCUGGUUGGGUUAAAACAUGUUUGGAACAAAAUGGGUUACCUUGAAUUUAGGCAAACUAAAGUGAGCCCACCGUUAUUGAUUUUUACACUAUAAAUACUCAACCACUAUUUCGCAAUCUAUAUACACAACCCACCAUGAAAACAUACGGAAUUCUCAUUGUUGCCGGAUUAAUUUUUGCUGGAAUCCUCAACUCUGCUGCGCAGAACUGUGGCUGUACUCCAGACUUGUGCUGCAGCAAGGACGGUUAUUGCGGCAAUAGUGAGGCGUACUGUGGAGCCGGCUGCCAAGAAGGGCCGUGUUCCAGGUCUCCGACAAACAAUGUUGAUGUUGGUAGCAUUGUGACGGAUGCGUUUUUCAAUGGGAUCACGGAACAAGCACGCGGAGAUUGUCAAGGGAGAGGAUUUUAUACACGCGCCACCUUUCUUCAAGCAAUCGGAUACUAUCCCGAAUUCGGUAGGGUUGGUUCCGAAGAAGAUUCAAGGAGGGAGAUAGCCGCUUUCUUUGCCCAUGUUACCCAUGAAACUGGAUUUUUUUGUCACAUUGAAGAAGUAGAUGGUUAUUUACAAAAUUAUUGUGACACUAAGUAUCCUCAAUACCCGUGUACCCCUAACAAGGGUUACUAUGGGAGAGGUCCUCUCCAACUGACAUGGAAUUACAACUAUGGUCAAGCUGGUAACGCUCUCAAAUUUGACGGGCUCAACAAUCCAGAAAUUGUGGCGACCGAUCCACUCAUCUCUUUUCGGGCCGCCUUAUACUAUUGGAUGAACAAUGUCCACUCGGUCAUACUUUCUGGUAAAGGGUUUGGAGCUACUAUUCAAGCAAUCAAUGGUGUCAAGGAAUGUAAUGGUGCCGAUUCAAAUAGUGUAAAUUCUCGAGUCCAGUACUACACGCGAUAUUGUAGUCAACUUAGCAUUGCACCGGGCGAUAACCUUCAAUGUUAGAUGGGCAUUGAGAUCAAACUUUAUAUUCAUAUUUGUAUACCAUUGUUGUUCAAAUUAAUCAUCUGUAUUUGUAUACUAUAAAUGCGAAAUAGACAAUGAUCUAUAUGCAUGUACCUCUAUAGUAUUAUACAUAUCAUGUGUGUUACACAAUUAAUAUUAAUAGAAAUAAAUCAAAAGUGCUGUGUUGUUACGA